AUUUUACGUUGCCACUUGACGCAGCUUCUCUCAGUUUAAUCUCGAGCGAGCGCCAGCCAAGAAACAUCGUCGAACGAUCGAGGAGCUUGAUCGACCCAUCGAGCAUACAUGUCCGGGCUUUCUCUGGCCGUCGGGCGGCGUCCCAACCAGGAAGCCACCGCGGGGCUCGCUGACGUGCGGCCGGCGCCGGCGAUCAAGCGCCAGGGACAGGCUGUGGUCGGCGGCGUGAUGGGUUCCCUCCGCGUGAUCGAGCUCCAGCUCGUGGCCUUCAUCAUGGUCUUCUCCGCCAGCGGCCUCGUGCCCUUCGUCGACCUCGUCUUCCCGGCCUUCACCACGCUCUACAUCCUCGCCCUGUCCCGCUUCGCCUUCCCCUCCGCCGGCUCCUGCGGCGGGAGGGAGCUCUUCGAGGGUAGCCGGGCGUUCCGCGCCUACGUGGUGGCGGGGACCACCGUGGGGCUGUUCCUGCCGCUGGCGUACGUGCUCGGGGGCUUCGCUCGCGGCGACGACCACGCCGUGCGCUCCGCCACGCCGCACCUCUUCCUCCUCUCCUGCCAGAUCCUGACGGAGAACGUGAUCGCCGGGAUGGGGAUCUUCUCGCCGCCGGUGCGUGCGAUUGUGCCGCUGCUCUACACGGUUCGCAGGGUCUUCGUCAUCAUCGAUUGGAUCUACGACGUCUGGAUCAACAAACCGCUGCCGACCUAUGCGUCCGUCAACGAUGUGGCUUGGACGUGGUUCGGGAGGUCGCUGGCGACGGCUAACCUGCUCUAUUUUUCAAUCAACCUGUUUGCUUUCAUGAUCCCGCGGUUUCUGCCGAGGGCAUUCGAGAAGUACUUGAAAGAGAGGGAGGAGAUCUACGCGAAGACGGCGGAAGACAAGAGGGCGCGAGCGGCCAUGGAUCAGCGUGGGGGAGGCAAGAGCGUCGACGGCAAGAAAAUGGACUGAUCUCAUCGCUGUGUAUGCUUCAAAUUUUUACGUCUUGGGAUGAGAAUUAGGAGUUUAAUUUAUGGCCUUUAUUCGUCAAAUAAUCAAUUAAGCUAGCAACUUUGUUUGUUUCCUCUGUUCUUAUGCUUUAUAUUUUUGGACGCCAUAGUCCAUUCUGUACCAAAUGCUAAUAUAAUAAAAAAAA